AUGAUAUUGCCACAACACUCCUCAGUGCCCUUCGAGGUUAUUCACCUCGACUUCGACGAACUUCGAAAGAAGUCUGAAGGAAUACGGAAAACUCAGUCAUUUCUGUUAGCUAUCGACGAGCACACACGCAUGGUCAACACUCGCCCAAGUGGCGAAGAUGCCACAAGCAUAAUUGCAAUGAUGGAGCGGAAUAUCUUUAAAGAUGUCAAGACGAUCGUGUGCGAUAAUGGCCCUGGAUUUACCAGCAAGCGCUUAGCCAUAUGGGCCCAGAGCAAGAACAUACAACUUAAGUUUACAGCCCCAUAUCAUCCCGCGGCAAACGGAAUGGCUGAACGUGCUCUUCGCGACAUCAAACAAUACAUACACAUGUACCCGGACUUUCCUCUCGGCUGGAAAUCAUGCUUAGAAGCAGCCACAAACCAUCACAACAAUUCCCCCAACAAAGCCAUAGGAUGUACACCAUACUUUGCUCUGCAUGGUACACCACCCAUUCUCCAUGCCGACCAGUACCUCAACAUAGCUGAUCACAUCACCUUACAAGAACAACGCAAGACCACUGUUGAAACAGAAAAGUAUAGGGUGGCCAUGAAGAAAGAUUUUGACCGCCGUCACAGUCGCCAGAUCCCAGCCAUCGCCAUAGGAGAUCUUAUUCUCGUGCGGAAACCUCUGCCUGGUACGCGAGGAUUACCACAAGGUCCUUACACCGUCGUACAAACGGCAUCAAAGAACGGAAUCUUAAAAACUGUCGGAUACCUUACACCAGACAAUCAUAUGCACAUAGCAGCUAUAAGGAACGUCUCAAAAUAUCAUCCCAGGAGGGAUGAGCUUCAAGACCCGGGGCCUAUGUAG